GUGAUAUGUUAACCGAAGACAAUGACCCAACGAAACCGGCUGGGGUUUUAGACAAUGCUGGCAACGUGUCAUCGUCGACAGAGGCCUCGGUGCAACACCCUCGAACCGCAAACAAUGAGACAGAGGUCAAGAACGAGGUGCAGGACUGCCCCGACAAUGACAGCGUCCCCAGUGGAGAAUUGUACAUCGACGAGAAUGCGGAGGAAAAGGAGCAGGAGUAUCCGGAUUCCAUGGAGAAGGCAGACUACAGUGCAUUGUACGAAGCCAAUCAAUAUUAUAACAGCUUAUUCAACUAUGGGUCGGCGACGACCGGAAAGAACACCUCAGGCUUGCAAAGUUCUUACUUGACCCCGUACACAACACCAAGCUCCAUGACUCAGUAUUCGUCUUACGCCACGUACAAUAGUGGUACGGGGAAUUUUCCGAACGUAACCCAGAAUAUAUCGUCGUCCUCUCAGAAGCUGGAUUACAGCGCCUACAGCAGCAGUAUGUAUGGAAACGACAGGGUACCAUUACAGUAUUCCGGAUAUUACCCCAUGCACAGUUAUCACGCGACGCCCGCCUCGUUUAACAUCGGGAACCUAAAUUUUGCUGAUUCGACGAAGUCUGCGCUCACGUUGGACGCAACAACUCACGAUGCCAGCGAUCUUACCGCACGAGAUACCGCAAACAUCGAAGGGGCGACAGCGAAACCUUGUAGACGCGGAAGACGCCAAAGCGGAAGUGGAAACAGUAUAGGUUCUGCGGACACGACAGAAGCCGGUCCUGAUCGGAUAUUCAUCUGGGACCUUGACGAAACCAUAGUCGUGUUUCACUCGUUGCUCACUGGACUAUUUGCAACGAAGCACCGUAAGGAUCCCACCCUUUUGACCCAAGUGGCGUACAGGAUGGAGGAAAUGAUAUUCAAUUUAGCGGAUACUCAUUUCUUUUUCAACGAUGUGGAGGAUUGUGAUCAAGUUCACAUUGACGAUGUGUCGUCGGACGAUAACGGGCAGGACCUGUCUUCUUACAACUUUGCCACCGAUGGUUUCCAAUGCGCCUCCGCGAACAACGGCAUAUGCCUGGCUUCCGGCGUUCGUGGCGGUGUCGAUUGGAUGCGGAAACUAGCGUUCCGAUAUCGUAAAAUUAAAGAGAUCUACACCAAUUACCGGAACAACGUUGGCGGUUUAUUAGGCGCGGCGAAACAGGAACAAUGGCUGCAGUUGCGAUCGGAGAUCGAAAUACUGACCGACAACUGGCUAACAUCAGCUGUGAAAUGUCUGAGUCUAAUCAAUAAGAGAAGUCACUGCAUCAAUAUAUUGGUCACCACCACGCAACUGGUACCUGCUCUGUCGAAAGUCUUGCUGUUCGGAAUCGGUGGAAUAUUUCCGAUCGAGAACAUUUAUUCCGCUUCGAAAAUCGGAAAAGAAAGCUGCUUUGGAAGGGUGAUUGCGCGAUUUGGCCGAAGAUGCACGUACGUGGUAAUAGGAGACGACUCGGACGAAGAAACUGCAGCCCGUGCCCAUAACUUUCCGUUCUGGAGAAUAAACAGCCACUCAGACACACAGUCCCUUUACAACGCCUUAGAAAUGGGAUUUCUUUAGUCAGGACAGAACGAUUGAAGCUUAGGCAGAG